AUACCAUACAAGCCGCCAGAGAACGCGAAUAUGAUGGCAGGAGGAACGCAGCAUACCGCAGGUGGAGAAGUGCCAGAUGUAACGCUUAUGAACGUAUUACAGGCAGGAACACCGAUAUGGGAAGUGCACAAGCGGCCAUGUGUAAGGGACAGUCUUCUCCAGGGCAUGAUCGGUGGCUUCGCUGUUGGAGGCGGUAGAUUGGUGUUUGGAGCUUCCGUCCCUAAAGCUGCGAACUGGGCUGUAGGCACUUUCUGCCUCUCCGCCGGCGUCCUGUACCAGUACUGCAUGUACCAAAGGCAAGCAGAAAAGGAAGGCAUGAUGCGCGCCGUGGAAAUCUUGAACAAGAAGCAAGCCGAGAAACAGGCUCGAGAAGAAAGGAAGGCAAAGCUGCGUGAGGAGAGA